GGUCUCAUUAUUGAUUUUUCGCCCGGUGCAAAUCGGCCGAGGAAUAUAUACGACAGUCUUUAACCGACAGACACUCGAGCCUGGUCGUUGUCCGGCUGCAAAGAUAAUUGCGUCCAGAGGAUUUGUGAUCUGUUUUUGUUAGCUCUCAGCAUCUGCAAGUGAAGAAAAGCUCUAGAAAAUUUUCGUGAAAACAGCUCUGAGGAAAUCCGCUUAGUCUGCAAGGAUGGGCAAGGAGAAGAUCCAUAUUAACAUCGUGGUCAUCGGCCACGUGGACUCGGGCAAGUCGACGACCACCGGGCACCUGAUCUACAAAUGCGGCGGCAUCGACAAGCGGACGAUCGAGAAGUUCGAGAAGGAGGCCCAGGAGAUGGGCAAGGGCUCCUUCAAGUACGCCUGGGUGCUAGACAAGCUGAAGGCGGAGCGUGAGCGCGGCAUCACCAUCGACAUUGCGCUCUGGAAGUUCGAGACGGCCAAGUACUACGUGACCAUCAUCGACGCCCCGGGGCACAGGGACUUCAUCAAGAACAUGAUCACCGGCACCUCGCAGGCCGACUGCGCGGUGCUGAUCGUGGCCGCCGGAACGGGCGAGUUCGAGGCGGGGAUCUCCAAGAACGGCCAGACCCGCGAGCACGCCCUCCUGGCCUUCACGCUGGGCGUGAAGCAGCUCAUCGUGGGCGUCAACAAGAUGGACUCCACGGAGCCGCCGUACAGCGAGGCCCGCUACGAGGAGAUCAAGAAGGAGGUCUCCUCGUACAUCAAGAAGAUUGGCUACAACCCGGCCUCGGUGGCCUUCGUGCCCAUCUCGGGGUGGCACGGCGACAACAUGCUGGAGCCCUCCGAGAAGAUGCCCUGGUUCAAGGGCUGGUCCGUGGAGCGCAAGGAGGGCAAGGCGGAGGGCAAGUGCCUGAUCGAUGCGCUGGACGCGAUCCUGCCGCCCCAGCGGCCCACCGACAAGCCGCUGCGCCUGCCGCUCCAGGACGUCUACAAGAUCGGAGGCAUCGGCACCGUACCAGUGGGUCGCGUGGAGACUGGUCUCCUCAAGCCAGGCAUGGUGGUCAACUUCGCCCCGGUCAACCUGGUCACCGAGGUGAAGUCGGUGGAGAUGCACCACGAGGCUCUCACCGAGGCGAUGCCCGGCGACAACGUCGGCUUCAACGUGAAAAACGUGUCCGUGAAGGAGCUGCGUCGCGGCUACGUGGCCGGCGAUUCCAAGAACAAUCCUCCCCGAGGAGCAGCCGAUUUCACCGCUCAGGUAAUUGUGCUGAACCAUCCGGGCCAGAUAGCCAACGGCUAUACUCCCGUCCUGGACUGCCACACGGCCCACAUUGCCUGCAAGUUCGCCGAGAUCAAGGAGAAGUGCGACCGCCGUACCGGCAAGACCACCGAAACGGAGCCGAAGGCCAUCAAGUCGGGGGAUGCGGCCAUCAUUGUGCUGGUGCCCAGCAAGCCGCUGUGCGUCGAGAGCUUCCAGGAGUUCCCUCCGCUGGGACGCUUCGCGGUGCGCGACAUGCGGCAGACGGUGGCCGUCGGGGUCAUCAAGUCGGUCAACUUUAAAGAGACGACCUCGGGCAAGGUGACAAAAGCCGCUGAGAAGGCACAGAAGAAGAAAUAACUAGGGUGCCAGCAGAACUACGACAUCACUCAAAGAACCCAA